AUGUCUUCCUUUCUGACAAUAUAGAAAACAAUAAAUAAAGAAAAAAAUGAAGAGUUAUCUAAAUAAAUACAAAAGAAAAAGCGUAAAAAUUAAUAUACUUUGGAGUUUAACUUUGGCAGUAACAUAGAUGUUACUUAACUUAAAGAAAUUAUAGUAAUUACUUAAAAUAUACCUCAAUUUAUUCCUCAAAAUAUCGUCUUCAGAUUGAAUUCUAACAUAUAAUUUCCUGUUAUGGUUGAUUCUGAAUACUAGUUAGGAUUCUUGAAUAUUGAUCCUCAUUCUUAUAAUUAUAAGGUAGCUAGGUACGAUAAAUACAAUAGCUAUCACAUUUUUAAUUUAGAACCAAUUCAUCGAGCAUUUACAUCUUUAGAAAUAAUAAAGGAAGUAUUAAUGAAAGAAGAAGUCUAAUUGUUUGAGAGUUUUGAAUAAUUUCAUUAAAAAAAUACUGAUAUCUCUAAAUACAAUAUAGUAAAUGAAACAAAACUAGUUGAAUUUGAGAGGAAUAUCCAAUGUCCAUUUACAUUAUACAUACAAAAUAAUAAAAAUGGAAUUGUCUCUACAACAGCUAGAAUAAUGAAUGAUGCCUAUCUUUAAAUGAUAGGAAUCAAUGAAGAAAUGCUUAAAGAUUAUGUAUUUAAGACAGGUAUGCUUCCAUAAUCUUUUGCUGGUGAUGAGAAUUCUAGAUGGAGUUAAACUUUAGCCUAAAUAUUUAAAUCUAAUGCUUCCUUGACUUUUGGAUAAUUAAUGCUAGUUAAUUAUUAAGGAUAAAAGUUUCCUGUCUAAUUAUAAUCAUAAAACUUUUAUCUAUUCAAUUAAGAUGAUAAUACUUAUACUGAAUACCUUUACUAUUAUUAUAAUGUUGAAUAGAAGUGGAUAAAUAAUAAAUAGAUUGAAGAAAAUAGUUUAGAUUAUUUCAACAGAAAGUUAGUAAAUAAUAAUGAAGACACAAAUGAGGUUGAGUAUUAGAAGAGAUGCAAAUAUAGAAAAUUAUGACU